AUGCCUGCUAUAGGCUUACCAAAACGGCUCCAGCGCUCAUGCGACACGUGUCGAAAAAGAAAAACGAGAUGCGUCGUUGAAGAAAGAUCCGGCAGCGGAGCUUGCGUGCUCUGUAAGUUUCACCGUCGGGCGUGCACAUUUGAUGGCAUUCUGUCUUCGCUGGGAGGAGGAACCGACACUCCUUCGCCAGAUCACAGCUCCCCAAGACGCGACACGAAUUCCCUUGAGGCCGCUUCCUCGGCUCCGCACGACGCGCAAUGGCGUCUGAUCCGUACUCGACAAGGCCACAGUGUCGAGGAAUACGAUCGUUUGGACGAGCCUAGUCUGAUGACAAAGACAUUGGGUAUGCUGAACAACCACCAUUGUCGAUACAUGAAUCCAGCCAUUUCGUUCAGGCCUUCUUUUCUCAGCUUCAUGGACAAUGCCGGUCUUAACAACACCAACACCAAGGGGCAACGUGUCCGCUGGGUCUCGCCGACCGAUGCCUUUCUCUUGAUCCGUGACCUAGGAACUCCGGCUGAGUCGGAACAGCGGGCGGACGUGGAGGCCGUUGAGUCGCUCGUGAGACCAUAUAUACGGACAUUGCACGACAUUUACUUCCGUGUUGUCUACCCUGUCUUCCCAGUUCUGCAUCGCCCCGUGUUCAUUGAGAAGUAUGGCCGUUCACCGUUCGAGUUUGCCCCAGCCAGCUUAGCGGUGGUAUACCUUCUAGCAACCCGAUACUGGUCGUAUGAGCCGUCUUUGCAGCACAAACCAAUGCCUAAUGUGACGGAGCUCGAAGCCAUCGCUCGGAGAUGCCUACAAUAUGCGAUCCGCCAUCGCCCGAAACUGUCGACGAUACAGGCCGGGCUCCAACUCCUUCAGUAUUCCGACACCGACUCGGAGGAACUAACUCGGCAGCUGAUAAAUGCAGGUCACCAGAUCGGCCUCCACCUCGAUGCGACCCAAUGGGAUAUCCCAGACUGGGAAAAAGCGCUCCGUAAGCGACUAAGCUGGACGUUAUACAGCCAGGACAAGUGGCACAGCUUUGAGACCGGAAACCCUCCCAUCAUCAAUCGUGCGAACUGGGGUGUCCCCAAGAUCACGGAGCAAGAUUUCCCCGAGCAGUCAGAGUAUGAGCAAGAAGGCAGUUCGGAUGUCGAAAAGGGUCGCCUACUCUUCUGCCAGCUAAUUGAUCUCUCCGAGAUACUGGGCGAUAUCCUCGAAAACAUUCUUUCGGUUCGCGCAACCACCGAGGUGGCCUCUGCGGGCGAAGGCGGCCUCGAACUCUUGCUGCAGAAAGCGAAGCCCUAUCAGGCGCGUUUGCGGCAAUGGUUUAGUGCCAAUUCGGGUCAUUUGUCCAUGGAAGUCAGCAAUGUCAACAAAUUGUCGCCCGUGGGGUCGUUACGUCUCGCUUACGUCGCGACUGAGAUGUCACUGCAUCGACAGAUACUCCUCACGCUACCCACUUGUAGUGAUGGGGCUCUCAUCCAACUUUGUCGCAAAACAGCCAGCGAACGAUUUCAAUUCGCCGCCAAUCUGGUCAAGUCAUUGAAACCAAAUCACCUGGUCAGCUUCUGGUAUUCAAUGACUCCCUAUAAUUUCGCAUUGGCGGGCGAGUUCAUUUGUCACCUUUACCUCACCGAGUCUAAUUUCGAGCAAAGGCAACUAUACCUAUCACGCCUGCGCGAGUAUCGAUGGCUUCUCACCAUGAGCAACAGUAGAGCUCCAUAUAUCAACCAGGCUCUGCAACGCCUCGAAGUACCUUUCAGGCAUCUUUUGGACUCGCAUCCACGAGAUGACCAGACGGUGCAUGGUCACCAGGAACCACUAGAAGGGUUCACAGAGACAUUUGUGGCCACGAGCGGCGAGGAUGACUCUCUUUUCUUGAACGACUGGCUGGAUGAAUCAUUCUAUGGCUCUUGA